UCAGGAUUAAUGACGUAUGCACGUACUGUACGUCAAUGCGGUAGUGGCAACGGAAGAACACAGUUCGGGCUAGCUGUGGUUUUGACAAGCCCAAGCCAGAAACUGACCAUUUUUCUUCGCUAACCGGGCGGCUGAAAACCCGACGAAAGCCCGAGGCCGCUGAACAAUAUGGGGAACGCAGAGAGCGGCUGUGGAGGGGGUAGUGGAGACGAGGAGGACGUUGAAACCGAGAGCCCUGGGUUUGCAGGGGGCAGCCCGGCCUCUGGGGCCACGGGCGGCGGCGGUGCUGUAAGUGGCGGAGGAUCUGGCACUGGAGCUGGCGGAAGGGGGUCGAAUAACCCUCCAGCACCAGGCUGUGGGCUUCCAACCCCUGGAGCUUUACUAGAGCAAGUGAAGCUGAGAGAGGCAACGGCCCGCAUGAGCGAUUCGUGGGUCGCCAUUUCCGAAUCGGUCCUGACUCGGAACGAAAGUACAUUGGUGCGGCGGCUGGAAGAACGACUUAGCCGUGGAGAGGAGUCGGUGACCGUGGAACAAUUCUGCGAGAUGCUGGAGAGCAGGGACGCUCCAAGAGAAGAGUGCGAAGAGGCUUUUGGGCAGUUUGAUGCAGAGGGCGAUGGCAUUGUGGAUGUAGAGAAUAUGCUGAUGGCUUUAAAGAACUGCAAUGGGGCCAAUCUGCAAGGAGAACUUAGUCAUGUCAUCAGACAGCUGCAAGCUUGCUCCCUCACCCCAGGAUUUGUUGAUAUCUUCUCCAAGUCGAAAGACCGCCUGGGCGCACAUGCAUCCAAGAUACUUAAAUUCCUGCAUCGCAACAGAAUCCCCAGCAGUGCCAUUCCUUUCCCUGUUUUGGAGAGCUACAACAGCAUCUGCAGCAUGCGGUCUUCUGUUGUGCAGGACUACUUGGAGUUCCUUCUUCAGAAAGAGAAGGACUUGGACAUCCAGUACAGAGCUGAGCUGAACCGUGACCCUGAGGUGGACCAAGUCAAAAUAGUCACCCAGUGCUUCAGCUCCAUCGAGGCCUCGUCCAGUGCUGCUGAUGUCUACAAGAUGACGAACGGAGAAACGUCCUCGUUUUGGCAGUCCGAUGGAAGCGCCCGAUCGCACUGGAUUAGGUUAAAAAUGAAGCCGGAUGUGGUGCUGAGGCGGCUGGCCAUUGCGGUGGCCUCGAACGAUCACAGCUACAUGCCCCAGCUGGUGUCUGUCGCCGUGGGGAAGAACCGGCGGUGCCUGCAGGAGAUCCGGGACAUCCGCAUCCCCAGCAACGUCACGGGCUACGUAGCGCUCCUGGAGAACGCCAACAUCAGCCACCCCUAUGUUCAGAUCAACAUCAAGCGCUGCCUCAGCGACGGCUGUGACACACGCAUCCACGGCCUGAAAACCAUGGGCUACCAGAUCACCAAGAACAAGGAGGUGUCUGUGUCGGACGCCUCAGCCAUCUGGUACCUCUCUCUGCUGACCUCCCUUGUGACCGCCUCUAUGGAGACCAACCCGGUGCUGGCACAGACGGUCCUUCAGAGCACGCAGAAAGCCUUGCAGCACAUGCCUCCUCUGUCCUUAACUCCUGGCUCGACUGAGUUUCCCAAGUUCUUCUCACCCAACAUUCUGGAGGAAGUGGAUGGGUUUCUCCUCAGGAUAGCUGACUGCUGUGUGAGCCCGGAGGCGGAGCUGACCCUGCUGGCCUUCGCCUUGGCCCGGGGCAGCGUGGCCAAGGUCAUCCUGUCCCUGUCCAGCAUCAGCGACCACCUGGACUCCGAGUACCGUGCCUCCUCUCUCAUCUCCUCCAUGGCCUCCGUCAGACUCAAGCUGCUCUACAAGAACUGGAAGCCCAUCCAGCUGCAUCUGCAGGCCUGUGACGUGAAGGGGAAGGAGGAGAAGUCUGGCCCGGAGAACAUGCUGACGGAACCUUCCAGUGGCGACGGUUUCCUCACAGAGAGUGGCAAGAAAAAGGCCAGCGUAAUCUUAUCAACAGAGGACCAGACCAGUUUCCAAAUCACUCAGAUAAAAAUCAAAGUGCGCAAAGGAGCGAUUGGUGCCAAAUGUGGUCUUGUGUUCGCCUAUAACGAAGCGGACUCGUUUGACGCCGACAAGCACUUCAAGAGGUUUAAGAAAUAUGAUUCCUGGGACUACAAGAACUACAAAGAUUUUGUAAAAGACAACACUAAGGUUUUGGAGCUGUCAGAGGACGAGCCCAUCGGCUGGUUUGAGCUGGAGGACGACUGGAACGACGUUGAGAUCAAGCUGCAGCAGUGUCGCAUUGUGAAGUUCCUGAUGAUGAAGUUCCUGUGCCCGCGGCAGGACACCGCGGAGCGGCUGGGCAUCCAGCAGCUCAGCUUCAGCGGGUACCUGUGCCCCGGGGCGGAGCACCUGGCCUCGGACGACCUGGCCCUGCAGGGGGAGUGCGCGGACGGCAGCGUCAUCACCGGCCUGGACCUGCUGAAGAAGACGCUCUGCUUCAUCCAGCAGCUGACUCGGGACAUGGCGCUGCAGGACAUGUCCCUCUUCAAACAGAAGCUUCUGCUGGACUUCAGCGGCCUGAAGCUGCAGCUGUUCUGGAGCUUUUACAGCAAACUGAGGCAAAGCGAGGGGGAGGAGGCGGUGAGGGCGCGCGUGCUGCUCCUGCAGCUGCUGCAGAACUGCUUCCCCGUGCUGCCCAGCCCGGGGGAGGGCCGGCGGGCGGAGUCGGCCUCCUGCAGCGCGGACCGCGACCCCGCCGAGGCCGUGUGGGAGCUCUACAGCCACCUGUGCGACCUAGUGGACGGUCCAGACGGUGAGACCACGGUGGAGAAAGCGCUGAGGAAAGAGGCGGUGAAGGCCAUUCUGAACGGGGCCGCCGUCUUCUUCCCCGACAAGCAGAGCCGGAGGGACAAGCUCUUCAACAUGAUGAAAAACAUCACCGACGAGGACCAGCCGGAGUCCCUGAAGCUGACCUUCGAGUCCCUGUGCAGCUACUUCAGCGAUCAGGAUCCCAGCGGUCUGCUCCUGCUCCCACCCAAAGGGGCCCCCGCCGAUUUUGACAUCAGCCCCAUCCUGACGGUCAUGGACACCCUCCUCCAUGUGGCCACGCGUGAGUGCGAGGUGAUGAUGGCGGACGCCAGCGGCGGCCAGAGCAGGAAGGUGCUGCUGUCUCUGUUCUGGGCCCUGCAGGGCAGCCUGCUGUCCUGGUGCUACCUGCAGCUCAAAGGAGGGUCCUCCACCAUCGCGGCUGACCUGGCCAGGGACAUCCUCCUCAAGUACGUGGACCGUUUCCUGGACAGCACCCAGGCCAUCCUGCUGUCCCUGCUCAAGGAGAGCAGCGGAGCCAAAAUGGUGGAGAAACUGAGCAGCUCCAUUCUGGCCAUGGCUACCAGACAGCUGGCCAUCUUUCUGUUGGAGCUGUGCUCUUUGGACAUCCCUCACUGUAUCCUGCUGAGAAGCUUCUCCUCACUGGUGGAACUCCUCAAAAAUGUCUUCAACGACACGGAAGACAUCUUCUCCAAGGUGGACCUGGAGAACUGCCAGCAGCCCCAGCAGCCUGUGGUGCUGAGGACCUGGAACAUGGAGUCUCCUCACAACUACGAGAACAGCCGCCAUGAGACCACUGUCUUUGUGUGCCCGGGGGCCACGUCCUUCGAAGUGGACUUCGACGAAAGAUGUGAAACCGAAAUGAGAUACGACUACUUGGAGUUCACCGAUGCCAGAGGCGGAAAAGUCCGUUACGAUAUGAAAGUUGGCACCGAGAAGUGGCCAAAGAAAGUAACGUUCAAAGCGGGCCCCGAGCUCCAGUUCCUGUUCCACUCGGACAGCAGCAACAACGAGUGGGGCUACAAGUUCACCGUGACGGCGUACGGCCUGCCGGACAUCACCGUGUCCUGGAUCUCCGACCUGCAGCUGCUGGUGUCCCGGCUGAUGGGCCGCCUGGCCUCCCGGACCAUGGCCCUGAAGUCUCCGCACGAAAUCCGGAGUGUGAAAGAGCUCCCGACCGGUAAGAUGAGCCACAUCCUGGCCUGUCCCCUGUGGAAGCCCCUGUUCAGACACGGGCUCCGGGAUGCGGGGGGGGAGAGCGACCCUGCAGACACCAGCACGGAAGCGCUUAAGGGGAAAUCCUGUCCGAAAGACGAUUUCGUGAGCUUCCUCGCGGAGUUUGCCGGCUGGGACCCCUCUGGCGCACCCACGGACGGCAGGGCGGAGGUCAUGAAGUCCCUCAUGCUGGCCUGCAAGAAGCAGCCAACCAGGAACGAGAUAGCCGGGGGGUCGAAGGUCGACCAGGCGGUGAACGCCAUAUGGGCCGCCAUGGUGUACCACACGCCGGUCCUGCACAGCGCUCUGAGGAGCUACGUUGCCCAGGAAGGUCAGACAGCCCUGACUGAAGAGCUUGUGCAGUUAUACAGUCUUGCUGAGGGGAUAAAAACUUGGAUGCUGGAGAUGAAGCAGAGGUACCUGGUGGGGAAGAUGAAUGUGCCUGAUGAGAAGGAGGAGGAUGAGAGCGAGGUGAACAUGGAGUCGCUGGCGGACACCUGUAUUGUGAAGAGCCUGCUGUUGUUCAGGUUCAGCCCCAGCGGAGUCCUGAGGCAGGACAGUGAGACGGGGCGGGCCCAGGGGGGCGGAGCCUCUCACCCUCUCCUGCGAUCCGUGUCCAUAUCGGAAGGGGACUUCCAGGCCAGCCCCUCCCCCAGCUCCCCGGCCACCGGCCCCUCCCCCGGCUCCCCGGCAGCCGGCCCCGCCGACGCCAGGGGGGACACCGCGGCCCCCGAGCCGGGCCACGCCCCCUCUCGGGUCCAGCCCCAGACCUCCACGACGUCCGACCCGGGUUCGGCCGGCAGCCUCUCCGCGGGGCCCCACAAAGGCUCCGCGGAGAGCCUGCAGCCCCAGCCCGGGGACCCGGCCUCGCCCCCCGCCCUCACCCGCAAGGCCCCCUUCAGCAAGGGCCGCCUGCGCCUGCUGUCCUUCCGGUCCAUGGAGGAGCCCCGCCUCAGCCUGUCCAUCAAGGACAGGUUCCCCCUCCUCAAGCACAUCCUGAAUUUCAUGAAGGACCAGGCCAUCGGCGAGGCCAACGUCCUGCAGGUCCUGUCCUUGAAGAAGGCCCAGGCGCUCAGCGUGUGCGAGGCGCUGACCAUGGUGCGGCAGUGCCUGCGGGCCCUCGGGACGCCGCACCUCUUCCAGGCCCCCUGCAUCCUCUUCCUGCAGGAGCUGCUGGCCUGCCAGAAGGACUUCACCAGCUACUUCGCCCAGCUCUCCGGCAGUGGGCAGGAGCUGCGGGAGGAGGUCCGCCGGUCCUAUCACCAGCUCGUGCUGAUGCUGGUGGAAGCGGUCCAAGGCUUCAGCGCCCUGAACGAGAAGGCCCUGCUGCCUGCGCUGUCCUGUGUGCAGACCUGCCUGCUCCACCUGCUGGACAUGAGCUGGGAGGCGCAGGACCUGUCCCUCUUCCUGGACAUCCGGCUGCCCGACCUCCUGCUCACCAUGUCUCAGGAGAACAUCAGCGUCCACGACAUCGCCAUCAGUCAGUGGACCGAAGAGGACGAGAUCGCCGACUACGAGAGGAACUGCGAGUGGAUGGACGAGUGCCAGGACGGGAUGUUCGAGAAGUGGUACGACAAAAUCGUCCAGGCGUCCCUGGAAGACAAGAGAAAGAUGCACAUGUUCAUCGCCCGCUACUGCGACCUGCUGAACGUGGAGAUCUCGUGCGACGGCUGCGAGCGGAUCGCCCCCUGGUACCGGUACCGCUGCCUGCAGUGCACCGACAUGGACCUGUGCAAGACCUGCUUCCUGAGCGGAGCCAAACCGGAGGGCCACGAGGACGACCACGAGAUGGUCAACAUGGAGUACGCCUGCGACCACUGCCAGGGCCUCAUCGUGGGGAGCAGGAUCAACUGCAACGUGUGCGAGGACUUCGACCUCUGCUUCGGCUGCUACAACGCCAAGAAGUACCCGGACAGCCACCUGCCCACCCACCGCAUCACGGUGUAUCCCAUGGUGACCAUCCGCAUCAGCGAUCGCCACCGGCUGAUCCAGCCCUACAUCCACAACUACUCGUGGCUGCUGUUCGCCACGCUGGCGCUCUACACCUCCGACCUGACCAGCGAGAAGGAGCUGGAGGGGGAGGCCUUGGACUCCGGCACGCUGGCCAAGGCCAUGGCCUUGCAGACCCGCUGCUCCGAGCUCAUCGCCGACUGCCUGCUCAAGGGGCAAACGGGCAAAGGUCUGAGGGCGUCGGCCCUGCUGUCCCUGCUCUCGCCCAACGAGUCGGCCUCGGAGAGCGAGCUGUGUCCGGGGAGCCCGGAGUCCAGCCAGGAGCUGAGCACCACCGACACCUCCUCCCUGCCCGGCAGCACCGCCGCCGUCUGCUCCCCGCCGCCCCCCAGGGACAAGGUGACCGGCCCCCCCACCAAAGCCUCUUUGCGCCUCCAGGUGAAGGAUCAGGUCCAGGAGCGGGAAUCGGCGGGGGAGCCCGAAGGCCCCUCGGCUGCGGAGGGCUCCAGCGAAGAGGAGGCCAAGAAGAGGCUCAUAUCCCAGGACACCCUGGACUCCACCAGCCUCAGCCAGACGCCGUCCGUGUCCAGCGAGGACACCCUCUCCCCCGUGGUCAGAGGCUCUGAGUGCAGUGCAGAGACGGCGGUCACGCCAGCGUCUGAGAACCCGGACGUUUCCAAAGAAGCCAACGAGAAGACCGCCAGGGUGCCCAUCCAGGAGCACGUGUUCGCCGAGUGCUCCCGAGAGAGGAUUCUGGGACUGCUGGCCGCCAUGUUACCUCCGGCCAAACCGGGCUGCAUCAUCCCGCUGUGCAGCCUGAGCCCCAUCCUGCCGCUGCUCUUCCGCGUGGUCAUCUCCAACGCCGGCUGCCUGAACGAGGCCUACCACCUGACCCUGGGGCUCCUGGGCCAGCUGCUGCUUCGCAUCUCGCCGGCGGCCGCCGACGCCGCCGUCACCGAGGCCCUCGCCGACAAGUACGUCCUCCUGGCGCUGGGCGACGGCGCCGCCGACACGCCGGGCUGGAAGACCACCCAGCUGCUGUUCAGCCUGGGGGCCGUGUGCCUGGACAGCCGCAUCGGACUGGACUGGGCGUGCUCGGUGGCGGACAUCCUGCAGGACCUGAACGCCUGCCCGCAGUGGUGCCCGGUCAUCGCCGCUUUCACCGACCACUGCAUCCGGCAGCUUCCGCGCCAGCUCAAGCGCACCAACCUCUUCACCCUGCUGGUGCUCGUGGGCUUCCCCGAGGUGCUGUGCAUGGGCACCCACGCCAUCUUCAUCGACAACGCCAACGAGCGGCACAGCAUGAUCCUGCUGAAGCACUUCACCGAGAAGAACCGGGCCGCCGUGGUCGACGUCAAGACCCGCAAGAGAAGGACGGUGAAGGACUACCAGCUGGUGCAGCCUCUGGACCACGCCUCCCCUACCGCCCCGGCGGAGAGCCAGGCGUCGGGCCAGGCGCCGGACCAGCCCCACCUGACGCGCUACCUGCAGAACUUCACCUCCAUCAGCAGCCAGCUGCUGCAGAGCGGGCUGGACGGCAGCGCCGCCGACGCCGUGGAGGCCACCUGGGUGCUCUCGCUCGCCCUCAAAGGCCUCUACAACACCCUCAAGAAACAUGGGGUGGAGGAGGCCCAGACGGCUAUUCAGCAGUCCGGCCUGAUCCAGCUGCUGGUGAGGAAGUGCAGCAAAGGAACGGGCUUCAGCAAGAUGUGGCUCCUCCGAGACCUGGAGAUCCUGUCCAUCAUGCUCUACUCCUCCAAGAAGGAGAUCAACUCCAUGGCGGAGGAGGUGGACACGGAGCCGGAGGACCGCGAGCAGGAGCAGGAGAAGGAGCAGGACUCGGACCACUCCAGCUGCUGCGCAGACGACCUGGACCCCAACAGGCCCGACCCCCUAGAGGGGCUGGACGAGGAGACCAAGAUCUGCUUCCAGAUUACCCAUGAUGCCCUUAACGCCCCCCUGCACAUCCUUCGAGCCAUGUACGAGCUGCAGAUGAAGAGGACAGACUCUUUCUUCCUGGAGGUUCAGAAGAGGUUCGACGGGGACGUGAUCAAAACGGACGAGACCAUCCGCACGCUGGCACAGAAGUGGCAGCCGUCCAAGCGGGCGCGCUCGGGGGAGAGGAGCGCCAAGGCCGUGGACACGGACAUGAUCGUCAUGCCCUGCGUGUCCAAGCCGAGCCGCUGUGAGAAGGCCACGGAGGAGACCAACAUGGUGACGCAGAAGCUGAUCACCAACACGGAGAGCGACCUGCAGCUGAGCUACGCCAAGCAGCGGCGCACCAAGAGCUCGGCCCUGCUGCACAAGGAGCUGGACGCCCGCAGCAACAAGGCGGUGCGCCAGUACCUGUUCAAGGUGAACGAGGCCAUCGGCAUCCUGUACGCCCGCCACGUGCUGGCCUCCCUGCUGGCCGAGUGGCCCAGCGGCGCCGCCAUGAGCGAGGAGGCGCUGGAGCUGAGCGGGGCGUCCCACAUGGCCUACAUCCUGGACAUGCUCAUGCAGCUGGAGGAGAAGCACAUGUGGGAGAAGAUCCUGCAGAAGGUGCUGAAGGGCUGCAGCGAGAGCAUGCUGGGAAGCCUCUCUCUCACAGCCUGCCAGUUCAUGGAGGAGCCCGGCAUGGCCGUGCAGGUCAGGGAGUCCAAGCACCCGUACGACAACAACACCACCUUCGAGGACAAAGUGCACAUCCCGGGCGCCAUAUACCUGUCGGUGAAGUUCGACUCGCGCUGCUACACGGAGGAGGGGUGCGACGAGCUCCAGAUGGCCAGCAGCGGCGACUUCCUGCAGGACCAGCACAACUUCAGCGGCUCGCCCCAGAAGUGGACCGACUUCGAAAUCCCCGGGGACACCCUCCAUUACCGGUUCAUUUCCGACAUGAGCAACACUGAGUGGGGAUAUAAAUUCACCGUGACCGGCGGCCACCGGGGAAGGUUCCAGACAGGCUUCGAGAUCCUGAAGCAGAUGCUGUCCGACGACCACACCCUGGGCCACCUGCCGCUGUCCGACAUCUGGGAGUGGCAGGUGGGCGUGGCCUGCCGCCAGACAGGAAACCAGCGUCUGAAGGCCAUCCACUUGCUGCUGCGGAUCCUGCAGUGCCCCACCCAAUGCGGCUGUGACCUCACCUUGCUCCGCCCCCUGUGGCACCUCUUCAGCACGAUGGAGAGCGGCCUGAGCCAGGACCCCACCAGCAUCACCGUGCUGCUGCCCCUUCACCGUGCCCUCACUGAGCUCUUCUUCAUCGCCGAGACCAAGGCCAUCGAGCAAGGCGUCCUCCAGGAGUACCUGCAAGCCCUGACGACCCACGAGCAGCUCCUGGUCCACACGGCCCAGGCCCUGAAGAACAUCGCCGCCAUUAGCCUGGCCAUCAAUUACCCGAAUAAAUCGACCAAGCUGUUGAACGUGCCGCCUCACUGCGGCGAGCUUGGGAGCGCCCUCUUGGACUAGGGUCUGGUUUUUUUUUUUUUGAAGAGGACGGGCGCUACGCGAAAUACCUCUCGAAUGUCUUCCAGACGAAGCGGCCUGUUUUAAGGACUUAAUGACUGCUCUGUUUCUGAAAGGGGGGGCGCCCGGAUGAGUUCCAGCCACGCCCGCGUCGCACAAACCAGGUCACCCCUGUGGAUGCCCAACGGCCUGCCUCGCACACAGUUCUCCGCCAUAGACGUUGCCUCGGAUACUUCAGAACGCAGUUCCAUCAAAGCGUCCGCGUUUCUGCCAGAAAGAUGAAUCUGUAUUUUAUUUUUCAAUUUUUUACGUUUGGAGCGCGAGCUCUCUAGAGUUACUGCUGUCCCGUGUUUAAGAGCAGACAGCGUGCCAAACUGCCGAACGUUAGGAAGUUUUCCCUUUUCUGUACCCCGUUUCAAAAAAAAAAAAAAAAA